ACAAAAGACAACAAACAACAAACAAAACAACAAAUUCAAGACAUAAUUUUACAUAAUUUUGUGACUGAAUCUUGAAACGGCCGAACGGUCUCGGUUUUGAGAAGGUCACUGCUUCGCGGUUAUCUAUCCUCACACACUGCGGCGGUGCACCUUUACUGUCCUUUACGAAUUCUUCUGUCCUAGCGUCCAAAAAGCAGUACACGGGCUUCGUCGCCUCUGUCCAAAGUUGGUGGCUUUGUUUUUCCGGCCUGCAUCAUGUGGAAGGCGUCCAUGGAGCUGGCAGAUCAUGACGAGGUGUUGCUUGACAUAGCAAUUACCGUUAGCGAAGCUGCACUAAAGCAGUCACCACAACAUCCAAUGACUUGGUUUGAAAACCUUAGUGACAGUGACUACAGCGACUUCGUAAAGAAGAGCAGAUCAAAGUGGGUGUCGAUCCAACAUCAAAAAAGUGUUUCCUCAGAAAGCAGGGAACGAAACAUGAAGAAGUGGCACGAUAGACAAAGAGAGAUUAUGGACAAAAUGAUCAGAUCAGCCAUUACCCAGCGCCACCAAAGCUUAUCUGAGUCUGACGUUGAAGGCUUUGUAAGGAAGACAUUUUUCGACCACCGGUACCCUGCUGAGACUGAUGUAGCAAAGGAAAAACGUGCGAGAAUCAAACAAACUGCAGUUUUGUUCCUCCCAAAGAACAACAAGAAAGCAGCAGAAAAUCCUAAGAUUUCUUACACAGACUUGGUUGGAGAAGGAGAUGAGAAGGUGGUGAAAGAGCCGGGUGAGCUCGACCGAAAACUGAUGGCAAAGUAUGGCCUCGAGGAAGAAGCUGAGAAUGCAGGAGAAACUCGCGCAAGAAACUGCAUCAAUUCAGCACUGAUUCACAUGGCCAUGUCCACGGUCAAGGACUCUGACACGGUAGGCGUCUUCAAAGAACUGACAGGCCAGGUCAAAGACCAAAAUUUGUCAAAAAUGUUUUUGCACCUGAAAAGAUGUGGGGGGAUACCGACUGAAGAGUCUGAGCUGUAUAGAAUAUUAAAUGUUCUGCAAAAGGAACAGGAAAUCAAGCAAAAAGCCAAGGACGAGAGCAACAAAAUCCAUCAGAUCUGGGUCCGCGACAAUUUCGGCUUUCAAUGUGUGCGCGCUAUCCUCGGACGUUGCACGGAGUGUGCGGAGACAAGGAUUAUGCCAUUCAACCUCAAUUUGAACAAUGAAGAUUGGAUAAAUGUCCAGAGUGAAGAGACGGUCCUCAGGGAAGCCCACUGCAGCAAGUGCAACAGAGAGUCUUCACAUCAACUGUUGUACAUCCUGAGCCACCACUUUGUCCUCAUUGACCAGAGCAAGUCCAGGACAACACCUGUGCCGAAAACUUUUGAGGAAGCUCUCGACUCAUUUGAAAACGAGGUUCAAAUUGGAGGACGUACCUUCGAAUUUUGCUCGGCCACUGUGGGAUUUAAGUCCAAGAAACCUCACCCAAGAUCCCACUGUGUCUUAGUGACGAGGAAGGAUAGUUCAUAUGAAAUCACCUGUGACUGCACACAUCCGGAGAAGUUCAGCGUUGCCCUAGAUGAUUACCGUGUUGGCAUUGAGGACAUGCGAGUGUUUGUGCAACUAGUGCUAUACAGGAGGAAAAGGGUCCAAAAAGGAAAAAAAAAAUAGACGACACUUUCUGCUGGGUUGCUGCAAGAAAUGAUCUCUUGACUGGUGAAUUUGAGAAAAAGUAUGUUGCUACUUUCUGUUGAAGUGCACCCAUUGUUUUCUACACUGACCAUUUUCCACACUGACCGAAAUUUGGAACACUACUGGACAGGAAAAGACUAGUGGAUUGCAGGACAGAUACUAUCCGUCCAGGGACAAUGUGCUAUUAUUAUAUGUUUGAAUUCUCAUCUUGCAUCACAGACAAAAAUGUCUCCAACUGACGCAUAAAUAUUGGAAAGGUCUGCUAGGACAUCCCCAUUGUUUUGUGCAUCAAAUAAGUUGACAUUAAGCACAAAAAGAUCAAGGCCAAGAGCAUUUUGUCUUCCAUCGCAAGAGAUACUUUCAGGACUACGAAAUAAAUGCUAGGAGUAACUACAACUUUGAGAAGCCCAUUUGUGGUUAGAUUGUAAGCUGAAUGGAGACCCCAACUUGGAGUGUCUGCUGCCCCCACAAGGUGGACUCGCUGCACCUCGCAGCAGCAGAUCAAAAAUGCAGAAAAUUUUUAACCUGAAACAAACAAGAGUAAAAAGUGCAAGCGUUAUUUGUGUAGUGUUGAAAAAUCCAGUUUAUGGUUAAAUGACAACUCGGUGGACAACUAGACCAACUCUCGUGCAACAAGAAACUCAAAACGAUCUACCUGCUGGAGCGCAACCCUGUUGCAACCGAGACUGCUUAUCGGCGCAAAGAUUAAGCUGACCAUUCCAUGGAUUGUGCAGAUAGACGCAAACUUGGCAGGCCAGUAGAAAGACUGAGGAAGAAUGCCUUGCUUACUUUUACCAAACCCAGAACUGAAUUUUACGACUGCUGAGUAGUUACUAGUUGCUACUAUCACAAAAUUUAAUUAGAAUGCUGACUGAAAAUAAAAAAUUAAUUGGUUGGUGCCUUCUGUACCACCAAUAAAGGGCACAGGCCGACAAGACUUUGUCUUGGCCUGACCCUAAAAAAAAAAAAAUAAAAAAAAAAAAGUUCAACCAGUAUUACAUAAAUUUGCUGCUUAAAUUCAUUAACUUCCUGAUCGAUUGUAUCACUUGUCUUGCAAUAUUAAUUAGUUCCUUUUCUCAGAGAUCCAUUAUGAAAAUGCUUGAAUUUGGGUUAUUUCCAUUGCAGUCUCACAUCAUCACUAUAAAAGCCUUUUGCGAGUUUUGAGGUAUGCAAAUACUGAAAUAUAAGUAUCAGUAUUAUGACAUGAACGAAUUUUUCAGUUGUAAAUUUGAUUUGUAAAUUGUAUAAAUAUGUGAAUGACGUAUUUUGAAAGUUGUCAAUUUGUUGAUGAUUUAAUGAAAUAAAAAUAAUUCUGAAUCUGAA